AUGGAUUCGAAUGGAAGUUGUGAAUGGAGGCAUGUACCAUCAGGUGACAAUCCUGCUGAUGCAUUGUCUAGAGGGCAACUGACAUCCGAAUUCACACAAAACAACCUCUGGCAACAUGGCCCUUAUUGGCUGAAACAAACAUCCGAGCAUUGGCCACAACAGCUAAUCAUUCAAACCCCCACUGAUGACAGUGAGACAAAACGAAUUACAUGCUUACACACUAUGCUCGACGAGUCAUUAUUCAAGAACUUCAACAGCUUCACUAAACUGAUACGAACAUUUGCACAUUGUUUUAGAUUAGCAGAUAUCAUCAAGGGGAGGCAGCGCCGGCAAGGAGAACUCUCAGCUACUGAACUACAAGAAACACGGGCCCGUGUGCUCAGACUGGUCCAAUCCUCUGUCUUCUCCACAGAACUUCAACACAUCAAACAAACAAACGAAAACAGGACACCUCACCACCACAAAUUGAGAGGGAGAUUGAACAAAGCACAAUUAUCAGAUCUCCAAAGGCACCCAAUCAUUUUACCGAAAAACCACAUCAUCACAGACCUCAUCAUCCUAGAAGAGCACCUCAACAACUUACACGCAGGGGUUCAAGGCACCUUGUAUAAUACAAGACAGACAUACUGGGUUCUAGAUGGCCGGAAUCAAAUUCGACGAGUUAUCCGCAAAUGCGUUACGUGUGUUCGAGCACAUCCACCACCUACUAAUUAUCUGAUGGGACAUCUGCUAGCUGCCAGAGUCUCCAGAACUAUCAGGCCCUUUGUACACGUGGGCGUAGAUUACUGUGGUCCCUUCUACAUGAAAGACAGGAAGUUUCGCAAUCGAAAUCAGGUCAAGGUUUACGUCGCCGUUUUUAUUUGUCUCGCAGUCAAGGCAGUACAUCUAGAGGUAGUCAGCGACUUAACAUCAUCUGGCUUCUGUGCAGCACUUGAUCGAUUCAUCUCCAGGAGAGGCAAACCAACACUCAUCGAAUCAGACAACGGAACCAAUUUCACUGGUGCAAAUAAUGAGCUGAAAAGGAUCUUAGCAGUUUUGCAGCAGCCAGAUGAGAAUGAUAAAAUUAGUCGAAUCCUCAUCAAUCAAGGAAUACAGUGGAAAUUCACACCCCCACUGUCGCCUCAUUUCGGUGGCAUCUGGGAAGCAGCUGUAAAAUCCUUUAAACAUCAUGCAGUCCGAUUCAUGGGUCUAGUUCUCUUCACAUUCGAAGAGUUUAACACUUUGGUGAUUCAAAUCGAAGAUAUUUUAACCUCUCGUCCUCUCACUCCAAUUUCUGCUGACCCCAACGAUCUCCAAGCAUUAAUCCCUGCACACUUCCUCAUUGGCGACACUUUCACCAACAGACCAGAACUAAACCUCAUGGACGAGAGAAUCAAUCGGCUUACUCGAUGGGAAUUGGUCCAAAAACUGAAACAAGAUUUUUGGACACGAUGGCACAAGGAAUAUUUGAACGAACUAAAUAUCAGGAAGAAAUGGACCACAGGAUCACAUGACAUUAAAGAAGAUUCAGUCGUAUUACUUAGAGACGAUAAUCUCCCUCCUAUGCAGUGGAAACUCGGUCGUGUAGUUAAAACGUAUCCGGGAGAAGAUGGAAUCAUCAGAGUCGUCGACGUCAAAACAGCUACAGGAGUAUUGAAACGCAACAUCAAGAGAGUUUCACCCUUGCCGGUGUCAUCCCCCACCAAUGACACAUAA